UGUGUUUGCACUUCGGACGAGUCGGACCUCCCCAUUCGUGUCUCCCCCUCCCUCCCUGUUGAUUUGAAGUUCAUUCCGUGUUUGUUGUGGUUUCGUUUGGUUAAUUAUCGUUGAGUUGUGCUGUUGUCAUCGACAUUGUCAAUGUUUUUACCCCCAAGAAUGGCGCCGCGGCGAAUAGGAACGAUUACUUUUCAAUCUUCUUAAAAUUCGAGUAGGAGGCAGUACUUUCAAGAUUGUAUCUAAUCACCGCAUCAAGCACCUGCCAGUAUCUCCGAUUGCUUCACGUUCCCGAUGUCAUAACUUUCAACGGGAAUGCGUUGAGAACGUCACUUUUUGACUGCACGACAAAUGUAUACCCACACUGAUGAAGCACAGGUUGUUGGCGCACUAACCUGUCGAUUUAAAAGGAUGAAUGGGCACUUCUCCCCAGCCCUUCAGUCUUAUCCUCAUGGCCACUUCCGUCGUACCGCAGGAUGAUUUCCUGAUGGCAGUAUGGAGCAUUCAAGUGAUGAAUGGAAUUUCUGACGAACACAUCGUAGUCGCGGUUACUGCUCUUUGGCAGGAGGCAACAUUUCUCGCCCAAGCCAACAAGAAUGUUGCAAAAUUUCUGUACAUCGGAGCCCGCUAUAUGCCGUUGUUGAUAGCUGUUCCUGGCCUCAUCUGUGAGCAUAUAUCCAUCCUCUAUGAUAUUUUUAGUCUCACUCGGGACUGUCAGAGUAUAGGUGAUCUUGCAACAGCCUUCGGUAUGAUAGCAGCAUUCUGCGCAGAAUCUAUCUUCGUACUCCGAACCUGCGCUAUGUGGGAGGUGAAACACCUUCUACGUCAGGUUAUGUUCGUCAUCGUAGCUGGUAUAACAGUUACUGGGCUAAUCAUGUUUACCUUUGUCCCGGGGCAGUACGUGUUUGUACCUGAUGUUCCGACAUGCAAAACAUUGCAAGUUGCAAAAGAGCAACGGUUAUUGGUGGCGUUCCUAGCGCUCCUGACGUUAGAACUUAUCCUUGUUAUUUUUACUGCUAUAAGGGCCGUAAAGAAUUACAGAUCAACAUCAAGACCACUUCUUACACUUCUCCUCACGCACCAUAUGUUCUACUAUGGUUGUGGAUUUCUCUUCAGCAUUAUCAAUGUCCUGUGUGUGGCGCUGUUCGAAUACGAAUAUGCCGCAGUCCUCUUCAACCCCCAAAUAAUGAUGCAUGCGAUCUUGACAACACGUAUGCACUACCGGCUCUGGGAGUCCGAGGAUGCUCGAAGGAGUUAUCGGUCAGAGCAGUACCCUAUGCCGUCGCUAUUCUGGCAACCCCCAGAAGAGACUGCGACGUCUUAGUCAGGUUCAUGCUACAGGUGACUUUCGCUGGAAAGUGAUCUACAGUACUUAACACUAGUGUCGUGCACAUAUACCGCCUGGAGUAUGAUUGAGCCUCCUGGUGGCCCUUCAUCUGACCAUCCGUAAUUGAUCGAGGAUGUCACAAAUUUUUGGAUGACCG